AUGAAGAUACUUCGCCAGCUUGAAAGAGAAAAAGCAGAAUUGAAACAAAUUAUUGGAAACAUGAAUGAAACAUUGAAUAAUUUGUUGAGCUUUGGUAAAGGUGUGUAUGUCUCACUUCAUUCUUUAAAUUGGAACUUCAGUUUACAUGCAGUAUAAUAUUGUAAAAUUCUCAAUGUGUACGCGAUGAAAAACGAAAGUAUUCGUAGUAAUGCUCGUUAUAAAUAAUUAUUUGCUGCUGGUUAAUUUUGGAAACAUAUCGGUUAAAACAUUUAUAUAAAAUCACAAAAAUGACAUCAUUCUUUGACGUUGACUGGGCAAUCCCCAGGGACUGUUGGAACUUUAUAUUUUAGAUACACUGUGUUUUACAGACGCUGGCAAACUAAGGUGAAUCCAAAUCAAAGAAAGAAUACCUUGUUAUAUACAUUGACUAGAUAGAUGUUAUGCACGGAAUGACGUUCUGCUUUUAUCACGCUGCAUAUUCUAAUUAUACUAAUUUCUCAUUUACUUUCGAUCCAUAAUUCCAUAAACCCAGAUCUUCAUUUGUAUGUUUAAAAACUUCAUUAUAGUAGUCAGUAGAGAUAUCCGUACAAGAGAUGUGUGAAAUAAAGAUCGUAUUCCCACCGACAACGAUACUGUAUUUUUCAGGACAAUGUCAUGUGAAAUUUAUCGUAUUUUCAGGGUUUUGGUGGCUAUUUAUAUAUAGGGUUUCUGUAAUUCUGUCGUCGCAAUGUUGUCAGUUUAGGGCUCUCGCUAAUAAUAUAGUUAUAAAGAUUGUGAGUAUAAUUCUUACUUAACGAAAGCCCUAAACUGUUUGAUACUGCAUGAAUACAGAACAUGACCAUGAUCGGUGUACUUAUACAAAGAACAGUAACAGUAGAAUUACCUAUAUUAUACCUCCAAUAAUUUGUCCUGCGUUUCAUGCAGUAGGACAAAUAAUUACUUCCAAUUUAAUACUACGGACAUUCCCGGAUUUAACUUACGCUAUAAGACGGCCCAAAAAUAGUAAACAGAAAACACCCGGACCUGUUUGUCAUUUACGUGUAGACCACGGUUUACUGCGGGGAAAUGGGUAAAAUUACGGGUAAAAUUGCUGACAUCAGCAAAAAUUGGUAAACAAAUUGGCGAUACUCGUUCCCGUAAACCGGACCGGGGUAUCUUAACCUCUGUAAUAUUAUAAUUAAUAACUUGUCGAUUGCUCGGAAAUAAAAGUAGGGAAGAUAUUUACAGUCUCAAUAUUUUUUCCUGUAUAGAUGGAGUGUUUCCUGGAUCAAACAUACUCUUUGGAGAACAUGAUUAUGGUACAUUAAUAAAAUCAUGGAUUGGGAGAACUACUACAGCGAAACUGUGUUGGCGCGCAACAAGAGAUGGAUGGGCAAGCAGUACAUUCCACAGCAACUGUGACAACAAGAAACCAACUGUUACCCUGAUUAAAGUUGGUAGUUAUAUUUUCGGAGGAUAUGCUACGGAGUCUUGGGGCG